AUGGCCCCCGUGGCGCCUUGGAGGCUGGCGCCAGAGCCUGAGUAUCAGCAUCUGGGUGAUCUUGGAGAGGCACAGCAGCAGGCAGAGUCCACAGUCCACCAUGUUGGCCGCCUUGAGCCUGAGCUGGAUGGAAAGCUGGAUCUGAUCCUGGCUUGCGAGGGUUCGAAGACGGAGCGGGCAGUGCAGGCAGAGGAAGGAGGAGAUGGUGGAUGCAGAGACGGAGUCCGCGGCCACCAUGGCUUGACAGGGAGCGAUGGUCGGAGUUACCGCCGAGAUCCACGGCACGCCCGCGCCGAGUCGUGGAAUCGGGGCGGCGAUGGAGUGGGGGAGAGGACGCCAGGACGGAAGCGGAAUACGGGAACCGGCGUGGUCGAUGGCGGCGGAGGUAGGUUGUCGACGCAGCAACCACUCUGCCAGGCGCACCAGCUAUGGGGCGCAGCCCGGCCUGCGACGGGCUGCAGGCUGCAAGCCAUGGAGGCGGGCGGCUUGCAGCGGCAGCUGCUCCGGCUGCUCGGGGUAGCAGGCGGUGGCGCUGCCGGCAAAGUGGCGCGGGAGGCCAUGGCUGCGACGCGGCUCUGUCGUCCGCAGUAG